UUGAGACGCGUUUUCUUCUCGUGCGAUUUUUGCCCGUUCGUUUGUUCGUCACACACAAAGGAAACCCGGUGAACCCCGCACCGCGAGACAUCCUACUGCUAGAGUAGCGUGUCGGUAGAUCGUUAUUUUUGUUUAAAAAUCCGAAGGCGUGGGCGUACGGGCGUGAAAGUAACGCCCUGCAUCUGAAGUGAUCGUCGGUCGGAAGAUCUGCCGGCCGGAAUUACGUCACCGUCGGCACUGCAGAGUGGGUCCCAAAGGAAGAGUGUGUAGCGUGUGUGAUCUGUUUGCCUCGGUUUUUCGGACCACAGUUGCUCAGCUGCAACGAAGUGGAUCGUGGGGAUCUAUAAAUGUGAAUCCGAAAUGUCAUGUUAUACGUAACCCAUACCAAGCAGCGAAGACGGCGACGGCGAUAGCAGUGAGUGGAUGGAUGAAUAACAGAGCUCAAACGACGACGACGACGACGACGGUUACCCCUAGCGUCUAUAUGAUCCCUGUCUGGCUUGUGUGUUGAUGGCAUAUAAUUUCUAGCGUGGUGUUUUUUUUGGGCUGUUUUUAGGAGAUUUCACGAAACGAAGAGUGAUGACGGGUGCCAUCUGCUGAGCGGUGAAGUCAGUGUCAGUGCGAUUGAGGUGAUUGAUCCUGCCAAUACCCUGAAGUUUUAAUAAAAAUAAUGCCGACUGCGAGAAAAGCCAUCGCCGAAAGUAAAAGUGUUUGUGUUUUCUAAACAAAUAAUAUUCAUCGGAAUCAUCGCUGUAGAAGAGCAUCAAAAAUAAAAAUAGUGUGUUGAGCCGGUUUUUGGCAGAAGAAGCGCGGCAUGUGUGUAUGAAAAUUGUGUCAACAUCUGCGUGCAGCUUGUUCAUGUUUUUUGCGCCCCUCUCUGGCGUGGUGUUUAUUUCAAAAUACGGAUGGUGUGAGAUCAUCCCCUUCGAAGCAAGCGAGCAAAACACAAGAUCUGCAAGAGGCAGUGAUCAUGUAAUAGUAAGUGAUUUUCAAGUGCCGAAGUGAAGUGAAUGCGAAUCUAUCGAUAGUGGAAACGAAAGCCAAUCAAAGGGUUACAGAAGAAAAGGAAGGAAGGAAAAAAACGAACAGAAGUCACGAUGAAUGGCGUUACGAUGAUGGACGAAAACGAUAUGGACAUCAAGAGUCCCAUCCGGCGGCUAGGAUCCACCCGGAAGCUGAAUCUUUUCAAUAACAUCCGACAGCAGCUGAACGAGCAGCUCAAGUUUCUCGAUGUCCGCAUGGAGUCGCAGAUCUCGCUCAUCCAGGAAUUGCAGGACUUCUUCCGACGGCGAGGCGAGGUCGAGCUGGACUACAGCAAAAGUUUGGAUAAGCUAGCCAAAAGCCUGCAGCUGCGACACAAGGAACAACGACAGAAACGGGAGCAAUGGCCCAUGUUCUCAUCGUACUCCUGCUGGCAGCAGCUGGUGAAUCAGACCAAGUCCCUGUCCAAAGAUCACGCGGCCCUGUCGGAAAUCUACUCGGUACAUCUCGUUGCCCGAUUGCAGUCCGUCUGGGAUGAUGUGCAGCGGAUAUACAGGAAGUGCCGCGAAAUCGGCUUCGAAACACACGUCGAGAUCCUGCGCAUCCUGCAGGAGCUGCACACCAACAUGAAAACCUACCACACGUACCAAACCGAGGCCAAGGAAGCCGAAAAGAAGCUCCGCGCCGCCGAGAACCAACGCAUGAAGCUGCAGCAGAGCGUUCCCAAGGAGAAGCUGGAACGCAGCAAAAAGUACAAGCUCAUCGAAAAGGAAGUCCUCAAACGCAAGAACAAGUACACCGACGCAAGACUGAAGGCCCUCAAGGCGAAGAACGAGUACCAGCUGUGCUUGGAGGCGUCCAACACGACCAUCCACAAGUACUUUGUGGAGGAUCUGAGCGAUCUGAUCGAUUGCAUGGAUCUCGGUUUCCACUCGGUCGUCUCCCGAGCGCUCUUGAUGCACGUUUCCGCCGAUCAGGGGCGCUGCCGAGCAGUCCUGCACAACACGGACACUCUUUCGCACAUCAUCAACUCAAUGGACAGCCGAGCCGACAAGCAGAAGUUCCUCGAACAGCACAGUGCAGCGUUCAUGAUUCCGAAACGGCUUGAAUUCCAAGGUCAGGAAGAGGACAUCGAACCGGAACUGCAGAAGGCACUCCACCAGGAAAUGGAAUCCCGGCUGGUUCAGCUGGAACAGCGGGUGAACAAUCUCCGGAUGGAAUCGGAGGAAAUUUGGAAAACACUGGAAACGGCCGAAAUCAACCUGCUGGAAAUUCUCAACACAAAGGACUACGACUGCAGUACGGCAUUCGGGAAUGGGGCUCUCGGUUUUCCCAAACCGGAAAACGCUUCCCUCAAGCUGCGGUCGGACAAGAACGAGAUUGAAGAGUUUUACAUCACGAAAAUUCGCGAAUACAUUCUCGCCACAUCACGAAUAGCAAGGCUCGACUCGAAGGCAGAAUUCCUGCGGAGCGCGCUGACGAAGGACUCGGCCGUCAAAACCGAUACGCUGACAAAGUCGAACGUUCCGAAGCGGAAGCGCAUCGGGCGGAUGAACAAAUCCGGCCGACCGAAGCUGUUCGGUGGUUCGCUGGAGGAAUACCUGGAAGCCACCGGCGAAGAGAUUCCACUAAUACUAAGAAGCUGCAUUCGGGUCAUCAAUUUGUUUGGACUUCAUCAUCAGGGUAUCUUCCGGGUGUCUGGAUCUCAAGUAGAAAUAAGUAACUUUAAGGAAGGUUUCGAGCGCGGUGACGACCCGCUCUCCGAUAUGACCGACGCUUCGGACAUCAACUCGGUGGCCGGUGUGCUCAAGCUGUAUCUACGCGAACUGCGGGAACCGCUUUUCCCGCUGAUCUACUUCGAUCACUUUGUCUCGUUGGCACAACUUGAAUCCAAACACGAAAUCGUGGUGGGCAUUCGGAAGUUCUUCCAGAGUCUGCCGAGGUCCGUUGUGAUCGUGAUACGGUAUCUGUUUGCAUUUUUGAACCACUUAUCGGAAUACUCGGAUGAGAACAUGAUGGACGCGUACAAUCUGGCCAUCUGCUUCGGUCCCACCCUAAUGCCGGCUCCCGAGGACAAGGAUCAGGUUCAGUAUCAGAAUCAGGUCAACGAGCUGAUCAAAAACAUCAUCGUCUACCACGCGGAGCUGUUCCAGAAGGAUCUCGGUGGUAUGCAGUACGAGAAGUUCAUCUCAUCGGAACCUUUUGAGGAUGACGUGGGUGACUCGCCAACGGAACAGGUCUCCGAGGACCCGGACUCGGAGGUGUACCCCUCGGAGGACGAAUCGGACACGUUCGAAGCGAUCGUACAGUUCGACUUCAAUGCACGAUCGGAACGGGAACUCUCGCUACGCAAGGGUGACAAUGUGAUACUGUACAAUCAGGUUUCCAACGAUUGGUGGCGCGGAGCCGUGAACGGGAAAACUGGUUUGAUUCCGGACAAAUAUAUUUCGCUGAAGAUCAAGGACGAGGACCGAGACAAGAGCGAGCACCUCAAGUCUUCCAGCUCGGAGGAAUCGGUCCGGAAACGCCGCCCCAGUGGCAACAUCUCCAUCAACAGCCAGCUCUCGAUCUGCACCAACAACUCCAACACGCUCUCUAACAUUACCUGCGGUUCGGAUUAUACCGGUUCGACCAUAAGCACUACUACCACCCAAGGGGUCAGCGGCGGUAGCAGUGGAGGUGGAACGAGCGGUGGUGGUCCCCCAAACGGCAGUGGCGGCAUGUCCGCCUCACCGGGUCAUCCACAGUAUCAAACCAUUCAGCAGAUGCAACAGCAGCAACAGCAGCAGCAACAGCAAACUCAACCACUGACACCGAUCAACAGCCAGGUCACCCAUCAACCUCCGCUUCCGACGGCUCAUCCCCUGAUUGGGGAAAAGCUGGCCUCGGACCACCUUAAGGAUCCGGACUACAUCCACUACGACACGGUGGAUCUGAAGGGGUCCACCUACAGCUACCACGACGAACCGCACUCGUUCGAGACGUCGGCCGAAUUUCUGGAGGACAUGACCCACUUCACAUUCGAGUCCCAGAAGCCUUCGGAGCCCAUCUACGCUGAACCCACCAAGAUCACCGUCCAACGGGAUAAAUCUCCGGCACCGGAUAGUACCAGCGGUGGUUGUGCCAGCAACGACGAUUCGGAAGAUGACAUCGAGUUCCGCUCCCUGCUGGGCAGCAUGGGCGAUCCCCCGGAGCACACCAAGUCCUCGCUGAUACUGAACCGUCGCAGCGAUACGCUUCCGUCGGGGAAAAGCUCCGGCGAAGAAGGGGUCAAGCAACGGCUGAGUGAUUCCCUAGCCGGGAUGAAUCACAGCGUGGAUGAGAAUGGGGAGCCGAGGCCCAUGCGGAAGUUUCACUCGAAAAGCUUCAGCCUGUCGGAGAACAAGCUAAGCCUGUCGGUGGCCGGUGGGGGUGCGGGCGUUGGGGCUUCGGCGCUAAAUGUGUUCCAGCACAAUCGCGAUCUGUGGCAGAAGCGGGCGGCGCAGGGUUCGUAUCAGAAUUUGACCACAUCGAGGAUCCUGAGCCGGAACCGGAUUGCGCCGGAUUUGGUGAUGGACCUACCGCCAGCGGCUAUCGGGAAGGAUGGGAUCAGUAGUGCGUCCAGGGAAUCGUUGGAUAGUGAGCUAGAGGACAUGACCUCGGCGGAGCGAUUUGCAGCGCAGAACCAGUGCACGUUGAAGAAGAACGAGCGGUUCUCGACGGAACCGGUCGUGUACGAGAAUACCGGUAAGAAGGAGGUGAAGCUGGACGUGAAGGGUAUGGUUGAUAAACCGAAGGCAGAGGUUAAGCCUCAGGAGAGCAGUAUUAAGACACCGACGUCGACGGAGAUUCCGUUGAUUUUCGAGGAUAGUGGGGAAGGAAAGGACGUUCCAUCCGACGAGGUGCUUCACAUUGAGGAGUCUUCCAGCGGUGGUGGGGAGGGGCUACAGGCUUGCGCUCUGACUCUGGGGACCAAGGAGAUCGCCAAGAGUCCAAUACCGAUAAGAAACACCCAGAAGUUCGUAUCGCAGUUUGCCGAUCUGCACCUGACCGGAGGGUGUCUGGUGAAAUCAUCGGAAUGCACGUCGGGGGCUGCUGCGACGUCAUUGGCCCAAGAGCAACAGGCCAAGAAUCUCAGUUCCUUCAAGCCGCAGGUUAAGGUAAAGCCACAUAUCCUGAAAAAGCCCCAGGUGCUUCCGCCGCACACGCCGGAGAUGGGACGGAGGGCACAGGAAUAGGGGCGGCUAAUGGGGCUGGGUUCCCGGUCCAAAACACUCAAUCUGUAAGUGAUAUACCAAAUAAUUGCAUGUGUUGUAGUAGUGACGUAUUAGUAGAGCAGGGAUUUUCGAGAGGAGUGUGAUGAUUGCGGAUGAUUGCGUGCGCGCGGGAAUUGGGAAACACAGGGUCCGUCCCGAUGAUGUGAGGAAGUCAAUAGUGGAGGCAAAAAGGGACGGUCAAACACUGAAAGUCAUGAACAAUUUUAGAACGGCUUUUGGCUCGCAUUUUAAGGCUUUUGAUGGGUGCCGUAGGAAAAGGGGGAAUGGGGAAAAACACCAAUAUUUAAAUAACAAUAAAAAUACUAAUAUUUAAGACUGGAUUGGUACAAUAUACAAAAUCGAAAUGAAGUAAAUUAAAUUAAAAAAAAAUCAAGAAACACAGGCCAGAAAUUAGAGCGCAGAUUAGUACACUAACUUAAUCUCUCUCGAAUCAAAGAAAUCGAAUUUCUAAGUCAGUAGAGGUACAGUUUUUAAGUGUAAUGAACGUAGAUUGUGGCAAGUUCAUUUAUUUUUUUAAUUUUAGCCAAAAGAAGUAAUCGAGCAUCACAAAAUGUAAUAACCUACUAUUUAGGGAAAGUGGUCGGCUGAAUCUGAUAUUAGCAUUAGUUUGAAGAGAUGUUGUAUUCCUUAUACCAUUUGGUUUUUUUUUAUAUUAGUCAUAAUGAACAUCGAAUUUUCUAGGUUAGGUUCAAUUUUCUCGAAUCUUUACGUAUUUUUAAUGAUUGAACAAAUAUUUUACGAAAAAUUAAACUCCCAUUCAUCGAGCAUUUCGAAUGGAAUUGUUUUUUAAUCCAUUUUGCCAAUACCCGCCGAUAUUUUACCAAUUGGUUCAUAUAUAACCCAAAACAGAAAAAUCUCACAAUCGAACACGGAUAAGCAAAAACAGUAACUACGAAAGCAAACAAAUUACAGCCAAAACAAAAUAGAAACUCUUCGUUGUCCAUGAUAAAAGUAUACAAACCAAAAA